CCCAGAGAUAAAACAUCCUGCUCUCCCCAUGCGCCAGUAUCCUUGUGCAAAUUACACUACUACGAAGCGAAGUUUGUUUACGUUCCUUUUAUAUUAACAGAGCAUUUUCCUUGCUGAGAACAAAGCCCUUUAUUCUUUGUACAUGUACCUUUCAUCACUCCACCAGGUCUGAGACUUAAUAUCACACCACUGUGUUUAGGCCAAGAAAGACGAUCGAAAUGGCAGCAAGUAACCAAAAAGUAGUUCUAGUCACAGGAUGCUCCUCGGGAAUCGGCCUAGAAACGGCUGUUAUGCUUGCAAGAGAUGCCGAUAAAAGGUUCAAAGUAUACGCUUCAAUGAGAAAUUUUGCAAAGAAGGAUCCACUGGAGAAGGAGGGGAGUGAUGUUCUAGGGAAAACAUUGUUUAUCGAGAAGCUGGAUGUAUCUUCUGAAGAGCAGGUUGAGAAAGUUCUUGACGAUCUUUUGGCAAAAGAAGGAAGGAUUGAUGUUAUUGUGAAUAAUGCCGCUUUUGGGUGGUAUGGGCCUACCCAAUGCCACAAAUCCGAAGAAAUACAAAGCAUGUUUGCUACGAACGUCUUUGGGCCUAUCAACAUUAUUAAAAAAAUGCUUCCCCAUUGGAAAGAAAGAGGAUCAGGACAAGCAAUAACAGUGACGUCAAUUGCAGGCAUCAUGGGUUUUCAUUACAGUUCUGUGUAUGCUUCAACCAAGUUUGCAAUAGAAGGAUUCAUAGAGUCAUUAGCUCUUGAGCUUCUUCCUUUUCCAAAUAUUAGGAUGACAUUAGUGGAACCUGGACCUGUCUUAACAAAGUUUCUCUCGAAUGCUCAAGGCGAAAAUCCUGUGAAUUUUGAAGGCAUUGAUGAACCAACCAGGGAAGCCAUGUCUGAUGUGAGCACCAGCACUCUUAUAAUAUUUGAAAAAGUUGGGCAAAAAGGUGAAGAUAUUGCCAACGUCAUCAUAAAUUCCAUUGUCACCGAUAAACCUCAGCUUAGGUACAUGACUAAUGAUAAGUUUGCCGAUUUGGUAAAGAGCAAAUAUACUGAUUUCACUGGUGAAAAGCCGCUUAAAGCUAUGUCGCAGUGGUAUAAAGUCCUGCAGUAACAAUCAAAGACUGUUCUAUUUUAACACGAGAAGAAGAAGAAAUUUAGCAGAACAAAAACAUGUAUAUUUUAUACUGUACCAUACUGUUCAGACUAAGUUUCUGUCUAUAACAGUCUUUUUGAUUUUGAAAAAUCUGCUUGAA